GUUUAAGUCCCUAACCACAAAAAAACUGCAGAAUAUUGUGACAUAUCAUGGAAACCAGAAUCCCUUCUAUGGACUCCCACUAUACCUCUCAUUGACUCAUUCAAGCAUCCAGCAAAAUUAAAGAUCCACCCACACCAUACAUUCUCUUUCUUUCUCCUCCCUUCAGGCAGAAGACACAAAAGCACCCAGCUCAGUAACAGCUUCUAUUCCAUUGUUUUAAGACUAUUGAAUGAUUCUCUAGUACAAUAAGAUGCACACUUGAUCUCACAAUCCACCUCAUUACGACCUUGCACUUUAUUGUCUAUUUGCCACUGCACUUUCUCUGUAACCAACUACUUUACAUUCGAGUAACACACAUCAAAGUUGCUGGUGAACGCAGCAGGCCAAGCAGCAUCUAUAGGAAGAGGUGCAGUCGACGUUUCAGGCCGAGACCCUUCGUCAGGACUAACUGAAGGAAGACAGGUUCCAGGUCUUCAUAUCGCCGAAUGAUUUUGCAGUCAAGAUCAGCUUCCAGCAACUUACACUCUUCUCCAAUUCAUCAGUCCUUCACAAACACAAGGACCUACUCAACUCCAAGCUUUGCAUCUGCCAAUAAUAAUGCAUUGGACUUUUCCCUGCUGGAUGCCAUAAGUGAUGAAUUCAAAGCCAACCGCACUAAUGAGAAGGACAAACUCAUUGAGCUGAAUAACCGCUUUGUCAACUACAUUGAGAAGGUGAGGUCCAUGGAGCAACAAAACAAAAUUCUACAAACUGAACUACAAGAACUGAAAGGCAAAGGAAAUUCCAGAAAAGGGAAUAUCUAUGAACAGGAGCUCAGGAAACUGCGGCAAGAAGUAGAUCAGCUCACCAAGGAGAAAAGCAGGAUUGAAGUGGCAAGAGACAACUUGCUGGAUGAUAUUCACAAACUCAAAAACAGGCUGCAGAUUGAAAUACAACAACGUGAGGAAGCUGAAAAUAACCUGUCAGAUUUUAGAGAGGAUGUCGAUGAAGCUGCUCUGAACUGUGCGGAUCUGCAACAGAAAGUUAAUGCACUGCAAGAUGAAAUAAACUUCUUAAAGAAACUUCAUGAAGAAGAACUUAAUGAGCUACAAGUUCAAGAACAACAACAAACCAAAAUAGAAAAAGACUUUGCUGCUCCUGAUCUUUCUAUGGCUCUUCAUGAAGCUCGGUCUCAAUUUGAUAAACUUGCUGCAAAGAAUAUUUCUGAAACUGAGGAUUGGUACAAGUCUAAGAUUUCCGAUCUGAAUCAGAAUGUUCUCCGCACCAAUGAAACACUUCGCCUCGCAAAACAAGAAGCGAAUGAAUAUCGUCGGGAGGCCCAAGCACUAAAAUGUGAAGUUGAAGCACUUAAAGGAGCUAAAGAGCUUCUUGAGCGUCAGAAGGACGAAAUGGAAGUACGAUUUGGCAAGGAGGCCGAAAAAUUCCAAGAAAUAAUUGCUCAACGUGAUGAUGAAAUCAAUAAUUUGAGUGAACAGAUGAGCCGUCGUCUGUUUGAAUAUCAGGAUUUACUAAAAGUUAAGACAGUUUUAGAUGCUGAGAUUGCAACGUACAGGAAAUUACUGGAGUCUGAGGAAAACCGGAUUUCCAUACCAGCUCCAUUUACUUCUUCUCUGCUCCUGAAUGAAGUGGAAGAUAGAUCAGAAGUUCGAUCACCUGUCAGGCAAUUGUCAGUGAAGACAAUUGAAAUCAAAGAUGGGGAGGUAAUUGCUGAAACCACAGAACAUCAUGAAAUACAAUUCGCUGAUGAAGCUACAGACCUAACUGAAGAUUAAGUUUCCAGUUAAAGAACAGGAAUUCUGUCUUUUAAGAGGCAGUACUCUGAGCUCAAAAGCAAAAUGAAAAUGGUGUUUUUGUUUCUCUGUUGCACAUUCCACAGAUGCUGCCUGACAAGCUGAGAUAAUUUUGGCAUGUUCUGCUUUCAAUGAUUGCUUUUUCAUUGUGAAGAAACGUUGUUCUUUAAGUUCUAGCGCUUUGUAGAUUCACUUGAAGAACUGAACAGAAGCAUAUAUCAAAUCAUUUUCCAAAACAGUACAAAUUGCUGCAGAGGAUAGUCAAACAGAACACAGUCGCAUAAUAGUUAGUCAUAGAAUUGUGCACACAGAAAUGUAGAUGGGCAUAAGGAUGUUAUGGGCCUGACCCAUUUGCUUGCAUAGGACCAAAUUCUUUUUUGCAUACAUCAAUCAACUUUGAAUUUGAAACGCUCUAUAUCGUUGUAUUAGGCAUUGCCAUAUCUGCUUAAAUAAAUAACAAAAUAAACAGGAGAAAAUGAUAUUUGUCAUCCUGAGU